AUGCCUAGCACGACGCCCGUAAAUAACUGCGCGGGUACGGACGAUUAUGGAGCACCCGCUGGUGAAUCAUGUGGUUGGUCUCCUCCACACACCUAUGAUCUUGGCCCCAUCGCCGUUGGCUGGAACAUUGGCGACUGUCGGCCGGAUUCCCAGCGUCGCAUCCUCACCAUCGUCACCAACAUUCUUUCCACCUGGUCUUUUCUUCCUCCUCUCCAUCUUCUCUACUUCCCCCUCUCUCCCUUCCCAUCCCGCCCCCGUCUCCCAGUUGCAUCUGCUCAUCCUGUGCUUCCCUACCCUCUUCCUUCAUCCUCGCAGUUGCCCGGCCUCGCUUCUGCUUCUGCUGCUCCCUGCCCGAUCCCUCCGUUCGUCAAUCUUGGCCUCGGCCAUCCUGUCAAGCCGUGGCACAAGAGACUUGGACGAGCCGCACCUUGA